AAAGUACUAGAGAGUCCACGUUCAUCUGCUCUAGCACAUGGACAUUGCCAAGUCAUAAGGAAAAAGGAGCGUGUACCGAAGACUACGACGAUGCAGGACUAUGUUGCUCAAAAUAUCCUGGUCCCCACGGUGCCGAAAAGUACAGUAGAGGUGCAGCUUAAGAAAAGUAGUGAAGUGAAGCCACCACCAACGCAUGACUAUAGGGCUUCGAAGAGGCAGAGAAGAUCAAGCUCAGGCCAUGGCAGGGCUCCAUUGCCAGAAACCCCCAGUGGCCCUGCUCAGUCGCAGCGACACGUUACCCCAGUCUGACAAAUGAUCAGGUUCGCAAUUCAAAGGUCACCAUGGCUAUGGAGAGUUCAACAGCCAUACAGCCCAAAAAAUGUAAAAAGGUCAGACCACCACCCAACCAGACCAGUAUGGCUAUCGAAAGGCAAAAGACCCAUAUCGGAGCCAGCUCAGCACAAGGCAUGGCUCAAUUGCAAGAAUCCCAAAGUAUGCCUCCCACGGCACAGAGCCAAGUAACCCCGUUUGUUACAAUGCCUACAGGUCACAGUGAAACUACUCAGGUCCCCGUGGCGUUUCGCACACCAGCUGUUGUGCAAGCUAGGAAACGUAAAAAGGUCAGACCACCACCCAAACAGACCAGUAAUGCUAUCGAAAGGAAAAAUACCUAUAUUGGAGCCAGCUCAGCACAAGGCACGGUUCCAUUGGGAGAAACCCAAAGUAUGCCUCCCACGGUACAGAGCCAAGUAUCCCCGUUUGUUCACAAAAACCAAGGAGAUGGGCUACAUGAGGCUGAUAAGUACAGAGAUGAAAAAAGGCCUGAAGCUAAAGAAGGCAAAAAGUCGGACGGAAUAAUUUGCAGUGAUGAGUUACAGCCGGUUGAGGAGUUGGUUGAAGACAGCGAUGCAGAUGCCAGGGAGGUAACUCAUUAUUAUGGAGAUGUAAACGACGAAGUCAGUGGUAAUGUAAUUCAUGCAAAUGAGGUCAUGGAAUAUCACUACAGUUGUGAAAGUGAUGCUGACAUGGAAAAAUAUAUCGAAUAUGCCACGUCUGAUGAUGAGAAGGAUGAGCUACAUCGGACAGGGGAAGUGGUUGAGGAACAAAGCAAUGUCUGCCCUGCGGGAGAAAGCGAGGAGACUGGAGAGUAUGGUAUUGGGGAAGACGAAGCCUCGGACACGAUGAUUAUCAAAGAUGAUGACAUUGAAACAUCUCUUGACGAGGAAGGUGUUUUUUUAUUCAGUGAAACAUCUCUUGAUGAGAAAGAUGUGGUUAUAAUCAGUGAUGAUUCCUUGCUGGCUGAUGGGAUGAGUGCAACAGGAAACGAAAGUUUUGGAAGAGGUCAAAACCUGGACGUAGAUCAUAAUGAAGAAGUAGACCAAGGAACAACAAUAGCAGGAGAUGAACGAUCAGGAAUACCUGGAAACACGAAACCUGGGGUUGGCCAAAAUGGAAUGUGCAGAGGAGACAAGGAAACCGAAGGCGAAGAUACCAAAGAUAACGCCCUCCUGCAUUCCAUGCUGCUUCCCCUCACCCCUGAGAGUCUGGUUCUUCCUCUUAGCCCAGAUAGCCUAUUUGAUUUUGAGGAUGAUCAUCAAGUCAUGCCAGUUGUCACAUCUACCCCGUCAACUCAUCCAGGCAAUCACAUGGAACCAAGCAGUCUUAACUUUUCAGAGGAGGCGCACCAACCACAAAAUGAAGGUGGCCAUAUCACAGAGUUGAUAGGAAAUGGUACCAGUUCAAUAUUCAUGGAAAAUGAUGCGGAUACAUCAUCCUCGUUUACGGAGGGAUAUGGCUGUGCCGAUGACGAAAUGAGCAGAGAUGUGAAAUCAAGUCAAGGGUUGUUAGAAGAUAUCGUCAACUCAUUCAUGGCAGAGGAAAAGGAUAAAACUAUGCAGGCUGAGCGAACUCCUAUACCAGCUGUCAUUGAACAACAACUUGAUUGUAAUCGCCAAGUAAUAAGUGAAAGUUCAGCCGCGGAGGACUAUGUUCAUCGAUCUCCAGAUAAUGAAGGUUGCAUAUAUGCAAUGAUGGAAUGUUCGGUUGAUGAUGGUAGUAAUUCAACCUCAAUGGAAGUGGUAGAUGAAGACGAUAGCGAGCCCGGGUCCAGAGGGGAAAACACCCAAGAUUCCUUUGAUGAUACGACCAGGGGAGAAAUAGAUCGAGAUGAAUCAAGUGAUGAUGAGUUAAGUGAUGAUGUAUUUGAAGAGGAAUGCAGCAACCCACCCAGGAAAGAUGGAUACAUUAACACCGACUUGAACAAAUGCAAUGCGUCUGAGGCACCAUGCUAUGAUGAUAUGUCUGAAGAUGAUGUCAGCACCAUAUCCAAGGGAGAGGAUGGUAUUAGUAUUAGCACCACAACCAAGGAAGAAAGGAAAAAAAGCACAAACAAAGAUGAUGACAAACAACCAUGCCUGGCCCCGGAACUAUUUGUCAAUGUCAGCCAUUUAGACCAUUUGAGGGCGGAAGCCUGUUCGGAAGGCAGUUUUGAUACUAAUGGUAGACGCCAUUCAUCUGUGGAAGAGAAGGGUGCCAUAACAUCUGGAAAACUCGAAAUGGACAAAUCACCAAAGCAACUGCCUUCGAAGUUUCCAUCAGUGACUGUUCCAACAUACCAGAAAAAGGACGGUGGAAAUCGGCCCUAUGACAGACGGCAGGCGUGUUUCUACUGUGGUGAAUUGAAGGCAAAGUUCCCGAGGCAUUUAGAAAAAUGCCAUGUUGAUGAGGUUGAGGUCGCUCGAAUUUUCAAUUUGACUGACAAGCAAACUAAACUGAAGGAAGUGGAACGUAUAAGGUUAAAGGGAAACUUCAACCAUAAUGUAAAGAUUUUACAAAAGGGUGAAGGCGAACUCAUCGUAGCAAGACGUCCAAUACAGCAUCGAGAUGCCAAUGAAUAUAUUCCUUGCAUCCAUUGUCUUGCAUUUCUUCACGAAGAUGAAGCAUGGAGACAUGCAAGGGUUUGCCAAUUCAACACCAAAUCAAGUGGUAAUGAUGAUGACAGUCGAGAUGACGAUGGUGACGAUGGUGAUGACGAGGAUGAGGAUGACGACAAUGACAAAAACGCCAACGGAUACAAGGGACACUCGAUUAAAAUUCAAAGUCGUAUCUUUCUUGAUGCUGCAACAACAGGAAGAGACCCUAACUCGGCUGACUUUGCCGAUCUACACAGUGUUAUAAUCAGUCCGAUGAGAAGUAAUGUGGUGAAAACGAUCAUAAAAAAGGACACAUUAAUACUGAAGCUGGGGGCAAUUUUGUUGAACAAAAUUGGUGUGAAGAGACAAAAAGUCAUAACACAACGUUUGCGCCUUCUUGGGAGAUUCUUGCAGGAGUUUCGUCAACUUAGGGACAAUCCAUUCAUCGGUCUAUCUGAAAUAAUUUGCGGAGAACACUUUGAUUCUGCUGUCAAGGCUACCCGAAAUCUUUGUUGUGUUAGCAAAGAAACAACAAUGGCGGGGGUGAGCCUUCUGAACACUCCAUCAAUCGGACUACAACUGGGCCACUCGCUUAAAAAAUGUGCGCUCAUCAAACAUGGCAUCGGAUUGAGAACCAUGGACAAGGACAAAUCGGAUGAAGCACACGUAUUUUUCCAACUUUUCAAUGCUGAAUGGACAGAACUGGUUUCGUCACACGCGCUCCAAAGCCUCAAAGAAAAGAAAUACAAUAAAGUAGAGUUAAUUCCAGUGACAGCGGACUUGCUUAAGCUUCGAACAUUUCUUGACAGAAGUAUUGUUGUUUUGGAAGAUGAGCUGAGGAAAUCCCCUUCUGAGAAUUCGUGGAGAAGACUGUCGGAAGGUAUCUUCUCCAUCGUUACCUUGUUCAACAAAAGGCGAGGAGGGGAAGUGGCAAAAAUGGUCGUUGGUUGUUUCACGAACAGACCAAACUGGAAGGAAAAUAGAAAUGAAGAUAUACUUCUCUCCCUCUCCCAGUUGGAGCAAAGACUCUUGGAAAGCCUGGACAUGGUGCAGUUACCAGGCAAGAGAAACAGAAAGGUCCCUUUGCUUCUCAAACCAGAAUGGGUUAGACCGAUGGAAUUGUUGGUGGAGAAACGAUCUCAAUGCAACGUGGCAGGCCAAUAUUUCUUUGCCGUGCCUGGGUCUAAUUCAUAUCUAUCCCCCUGGAAGGUUCUCAAUCGAUUUGCCAAGGACGCAGAGUGUACAAGACCGGAUCUCAUUUCGACAACUCGACUAAGAAAAUACACCGCGACAGUAACCCAGAUACUUGGUUUGAAGCCUGGUGAACUUGAGUGGUUGGGGAAUCACCUGGGCCACACUGUAGAGGUGCACAAGGAUUCGUAUAGGCUACAUGAAUCAACGAUUGAGAUGGCAAAGGUGUCGAAGGUGCUGUUAGCAAUUGAAAACGGGACAGCGGGAAAUUUCCAGGGGAAGUCCCUAAAUGAUAUUCACAUUGAUGAUAUUAAUAUGCCAGCUCAGCAUGAGAGUGACGACGACCAAGCUGGACCCAAAGGUGACGGAGAGGGGAAAAAGACACGAAAGCAAAAACCAUUAAAGCCAAAUAAGAAAGUUGUAAAGAGAGGUGCAGAAACUCAUGAAUCACCAGAUACUUCGAUUAACAGCAGCGACUCGAAGGCUGAGGGUGGCAAAGAGUGGCGUCACCCAAAACGUAAGAGUAUAAAGACACCAACUUAUAAUCUAAGCGAUGAUGAUACGCGUGAUGACUCGACGAUUGAUGAAGAUUAUAAAGAAGAAUCGUCUGAAACAAGCACUGACUCUGGGAAUGACAGCUUAGUAGUGCCAAAACUGCCUAAAAAGGUCCUCCCAAAGCCACAGGCUCAGAAAAAGAUUCCCAGUAAAAAGGUCUGGGUAAAAUGGUCGAAUACUGACAUAGGCAUAAUACAAAAUGCUUUUAAGCGCUGCAUUCUAAAUGAAAGGGUGCCACGAAAGGCUGAUAUUGAGAAAGUUGUUGAAAACUACCCUACCUUAAAGCAACGAUCGUGGAUGCAAAUCAAAAGUAAGGUACAACACCUGAUUAAAAAUAAGAUGAAGGUUACUAGCACCAUUAUGGAAAAGGCCAAGCAAAGAUUGUGAGGGAUAUACUUUCAAUUAUGCCAAAAUAUUGUCUGUGGUGGUAAUCCGCCUAACAUGUGCUGUAUCAUGAUUUUCACUUAAGUUCAAUCCCCUUCCAAAUGUUUGCUACUUUGAAUGCAUAAAACUAGAUCGAUUCCCAGUUGGUCUAUAGUCGGAUGCAUAAGUAAAUGUCACUGCCAUUUUGGGUCACUGUGCAAAACUACUGGGCCGACUUCUUCAAAGUUUGGUUUUGAAUCUAAUUUCGAGACCCAAGAGGAUUUUCAUAUUUCAGUAACCAUGGUUACGAAAUAAUUCUUUUGUAUGUAUUGGUGUACAUUGACGUAGUGCAUUGAUUUUUACAUUUUCGCCUCUGUACUGCUUGUUUCUGGAUGCAUUUUGCAGACACAUUCAGGUUAAUUUUUUUUUCGUGUGUAUCUUCAAAGGUGCCAAGUUUCAUUUGGAACUAUCCAUUAAAAAAAAAAUCGGGCCCGUCCAGGCCUACCCCAAAAUGGCCAAGGGCUCCAAAGUUGACAAUUUUUUCCUCGUGAUUUGCAAAUCUCUAACCUGAAAAUUGUGUUGGGUCCCGAAAUUAUAUUCAAGAAAAAACAAACUUUGAAGAAAUCGGCCCAGUAGGUUUUGCACAGUGACCCGAAAGGGCAGUGACAUUUACUUAUGAAUCCGACUACUGUUGGUAUUUUGCCAUCUUUCAGUCAUGCCAAAGAAAGUUGCAUUGUUCGUGACGGCAAUCCGUCCAAACAUAGUUUCUUUAAAGGCAUGAAACCGUGAUAGAAUUCGAGUUCUCUCGAGUGUAUUGUCGACACCUUGCUCACGAGCUAGGUGGACAUCCCUGAGAUAGUCUAGAGUAUGAACAUUUUCACUGGGGUUUAAUUGUUUAGUCAUGCCAAAAAAAGUUGCAUUGUUCGUGACGGCAAUCCGUCCAAACAUAGUUUCUUUAAAGGCAUGAAACCGUGAUAGAAUUCGAGUUCUCUCGAGUAUAUUGUCGACACCUUGCUCACGAGCUAGGUGGACAUCCCUGAGAUAGUCUAGAGUAUGAACAUUUUCACUGGGGUUUAAUCGUUUAGUCAUGCCAAAGAAAGUUGUAUUGUUCGUGACGGAAAUCCGUCCAAACAUAGUUUCUUUAAAGGCAUGAAACCGUGAUAGAAUUCGAGUUCUCUCGAGUAUAUUGUCGACACCUUGCUCAUGAAACCGUGAUCGAAUUCGACUCAUGAGCUAGGUGGACAUCUCUGACGUGUAUGUCUUUUCUGUAGUUAUUUUCAUUAUUUCUGUAUGCACAGUGAACUGCAUUGGUUAUUGUCAGCACAAGCAUAUUUUCCUGGCUCUGGGGGCGGGAAUGCGGGAUAAUUGAGAAAUUUAGAGAAAUCAAACAGGUUCCAGACAUGGAAAAUAUGCUUGUGUUCAGCUUUGGUGACAACGGUGCUAUUACCAUUGAGCCCCCCACCAUAGCUCACAAUGUUUUAGUCACAUCUGAUAAUGCAGUUCGAAUGUUAUUGAAAAGGAAAUGUUCUCAUUUUAAUUUCGAACGAUUUGAUAUGAAGGCAUUUCAGUGUCUUAUAUCAUGCCUGAAUAAAGGUACUACCAUUCCGAUUCAUGACAAUUUGCUAUAUCUCACUGUAGAGAUCAUAUGUUAUCUUCAGUUAGAAGAGUCAAUAGUUUGUGAUUUAAUGCCUAUAAUUCAAAAUGGACAAAUGGCGCCAUAUCUUAAAGUGAUGCAUACUCUUCUGUGCAGCAACUAUUGUGACACCGUAGAAAAUCUUUUCAGAAAGUGCAAGUUGCCGACAUCUUUAUGUAAAAGUGUUAGCCCCAGUUACCGCAACUUUAAGCAAAAGUACCGAAAUGCAAAACGACACAAUGAACGGUUUGUAACAAAAUGUCAACCCCACUGCAAAUGCAAAACAUGUUCAAAGCACCAGUCUGAAAGAAUGCGUCAGAUGUUUUACAGUGACGAGAGCGGUUAUUCUAACCCGUAUUAUGGUGGUUUUGAAAGAUCACCAUUGCAAAAUCUUUAAUUCUAAAUAUGUUUGUGUCAGAGUGUAAGAUAUUUUGGCAAUAUAUAUCAUAUAACAGUGUAUUCAAUGUUAGCGGACAUUUCCAAAACAAUGUAUUAUAAUGGGCUCCAGGAAAGAAAUCAACUGCUCUCUCACUGUUUGCAUUUUACAUGAAAUUGCCUUUUUGAUUAGGAGAUGACUAUUAUUUUUUGAAUUGAUUUAAUACUUUUUUAAAGCUAGAUGAAAUUAGUAUCUACAUUUUGAAAUAGGGUGCCAGGCUAAUUAUAAUCAUCAUCAUCGAGAAGCAUCAUGGUUCUUCUGGACCAUUGACCAGAAAAUGUAUCCUUUGUUUUAGCUGAGUAAUACUCAGCGCUACAUAUGCAUGCGUUAUAUUACAUUCUGAAGUUUGGUGUAUCAUUAGACACGGUUAUUCUUUGAACGACAUUUAUUCUAAAACACUUUUUUUAUAAAGCGGGUUUUCACCUCCCACAAAAUCCUGUCAUUCAAUGGAUUAAUUAGAUGGAUUAAUUAGAAUUUUUAAUGGGGUUUUCUAGACACAAAAUCCUGUCAGCAAAGUGUGGCUAUGAGUGGCAUCAGCCAAAACCCAAAAGGUAAGAGUAUAAAGACACCAACUUACAGUCUAAGCGAUGAUACGCGUAAAGACUCGGUGGUUGAUGAGGAUUAUAAAGAAGAUUCUUCUGAGACAAGCACUGACUCUGAAAAUGAUAGCUUAAUUAGUAGUGCCAAAACUGCCUAAAACGACCCUCCCAAAGCCACAGGCUAUGAAAAAGAUGCUGAGUAAAAAGGUCUGGGUCAAAUGGUCGAAUGCUGACAUAGGCAUAAUAAAGAAUGCUUUUAUCUUUGCAUUCUAAAUGAAAGGGUGCCACAAAAGGCUGAUAUUGAGAAAGUUGUUGAAAACUACCAUACCUUAAAUCAACGAUCACGAAUGCAAAUCAAACGUAAGGUACAACAUCUGAUUAAAGAUAAGGUGAAGGUUGUAGCACCAUUAUGGAAAAGGCCAAACAAAAAUUGUGAGGGGUAUAUACUUUCAAUUAUGCCAAAUAUUGUAUCUGGGUGUAAUCCGCCCAACUUGUGGUUUUGAGUCGCCAAGGUCCGUCAGCUUAGGUCUAAGUGUCUUGCCCAAGGACAUAAAGAAGAAACAGCAUUCUGGGCUCGUAAUCUGGAGGUCGUUGUUUUGAAGUAAGAAGGGUCAUUGCUAACUCUUACCUAUUAUUGCUAGUGUGUGUUAUUUGAUGAUGUUCACUCAUGGUCAAAAGUUUAUGGACACCAUUAUUGCACCUUUUCUCAAAAACGGCUAACCUCUUGAACCCAAGUUUUCACCACUUGUGGAACAACUUCUUGGCUAUCGACUGAUAUCACAGUUGAUAUUAAGACCAAUAGCAUAACAAAGUUAUUACAUAAUUUUGAGAGGCAUCUUUUUUACUUCUUUGGUAAUAAAUUUUUCAAAACCAAAUUUAGCCUACAUAAUACCUUACACAUUGCUAAAACUUUCUGUGAACAACUUUUGGAAAAUCUCAUUUCGGCUUUGAGAUACAUUUUCGGUAUUUUAAUAUUUUCGUUUUUUUUUGCAACCGUAUCAUUGAGAGGUCAUACCCAAAUACGGAUUGGCACCAAUUUAGCCCAGCUAUCAAAUCAUAUUGCUGAGAAAAGUCCGAUACUUGGAAGUAUCAAAGUUUUCGAAUCAUAAUUUUGAGACGUUCCCUUAGUUGAAAAAAAUCACCAAUCAUUCAGGGAUGUGUACUACCAGAAUAUAUCGAAAAAUCAGAAAAAAAUCUCAUCUCAAAUUUUGAUUACUUUUCAUGAUCUAUCAACAUGUUUUCCAAACAAUUCUUCACAGCAAGUCUAAUCAUUGUUAUCCGUAUGAUGCCAGAGUGCUUCGAAAAAUUCAUCAACAAAAAAGUGAAAAAAGAUGCCUCUCAAAAUUAUGUAAUAACUUUGUUAUGCAAUUGGUCAUGAUAUCAACUACUUGUGUGAUAUCAUUCGAUAGCCAAGAAGUUUCUCCACAAGUGGUGAAAAUUUGGGUUCAAGAUGAUCAGCCGUUUUGAGAAAGUGUUCAAUAACUGGUGUCCAUAAACAUUUGACCAUGAGUGUACAUCAAUUGUUACCAGAUAUCCCAGUCGGUGAAAUGAAGGAGCAUAAUGUGCUCACUGGAACAAAUGUUUGUUCAUGGGGGCGAGUGUCAAAUAUGAUGUCUUUUUAUUGCUGUUAUUGGAUUAGUGAUCAUUUCCGUUGGGGUUUUCACUUCAUGAAAUCCUGUCAAGUGUAUAUAUGAUCGUUUUGUGCGUGGCUGGGGAAUCAUCUUCCGAUCGCACUUUUGCAUUAACCAGGGGGAUUAAUUCUACCGAAAUCAUUUAGAAGCCUUUCAAAGAAAAGGUCUUGUGGAGGCUUUAUUAUUCCGGCUUUUUUCGCUAUUUAGUGUAUUGUAUGUAUGUUGCAUUUUAGAUGUAAAAUAAUAGAUAUAAUGCAUUUUAGAUGUCAAAUAAUGGUCACAUUGAGGCACAAGACCAUGAGAAGCUUUUCGGUUCAUAUUGAAAAGAGUAACAUGUAACAGUCUGAAUAGGGCCACUAGACAUGGAGGUAACACAGGGUUCAUUGUAGAAAUUUAUAUGUUAGGCAGGGUAUAUCAUAAUGCAUGGGAAAUCAUUUGUUAAUAAAUGUAACGAGGAUUUGUAGAUUAAUAAACGCAAUCAGUUAUUAA